UGUUCAUUGUUCUCAUGUUGCUGCUUUUUCUAUAUAUCAAUAAGAAGAUGUGUUUUGAAAAUGUCAGUGGUUUCCCAGAUCUUGAUUCGGGAUACACUACAAGAAAGAAUUCACAAGAGAAACUUUGUUAGAAUUAAACCCCCAUAUUUCCACCUCACACAGUUGUCUUAUUUAUGAAAGUAAUGAAUUCUGUAAUGGCUAGUUGGUGCUGCAGUCGAUGAGCGAUUAUGGUUUUGCUGGUUCAUUUCAAGACACUUAGCUGCUUUCUUAUUAUUUUCAAUGGAUAUUGAGUGGAAACAGCAAAGCUGCAGCUUCCUCUGGUAAAUGUGUGGAGUUUGAGAUGGGAGCAGCACGUAGCUCUGAAGUUGGAGAAACGGAGCUGAUCCGUUUGUGAAGCGGAGAACCUUUCGGGAUCCGAAGUUGCUGCUGAACAGGUUGGACAGAUGGCGUUUUUCAGGCACCUCCACCAAAAUCUGAGCCUCCCCUCUGUGUCUUCUCUGGUGGACACGCUCAGCAGUGCUGUGGAUGAUCUGACCAGCGCUGUGGGAGAGGUCGGCUACAGUGUAGCCGAUUCGGUAACAGAGCAAGUGACAAACAUGCUGAAUGGCCUUCGUGCAGAAGGUGACAGCUCCAGAGCGCAGAACGAUAAACCUGUGGAAGGCAGAGAGGAACAUACACCAUCAUUAACUCAGGAAAGUCAUGUGAAAGCGAAGAGAGGUACUGCAGAGCACAAAGAGACUCAUUAUUGUAAUUCAUUAGGUCCUGUACAAAAAGGUACAGGUCAGGAUGGAGUAUCUGACCGUGGCACGGACAAAAACCAGCGCGAGUCAAAAGGCACAGAUAGCGAUAAUCGUUUAAGUGAUACCGAAGUCACUCAGGAUUUGAAGACUGCAGGAGGACCUUUUAAAAGGGAAGCGGUAGGAGGAAAGGAGUGUUUUGUAAAUGAUAAGUACUUAAAGGAUAAUAACCUGAAAAGCAAUCAGUUUACUACGGAACAACCCAUUGAGGAACAAGGUAAUUCCCUACGUGCAGCACCAGGUAAUUCUCAGAAUCACUUGAACAGAAAAGUCAAAGCACGGUCACCUGGAGCAGAUGCUGAGGCUUCUGACAAAGUGCACGCUAUGAAUGUUCCACAGGAUUCAGAAACAAAACUUGACGUACAGAAGCCGCAAUCAGCAGACUCCAGCUUGACGAAGAUGCACGAUGAGCACCCCAGUGGCAUUAAUGAAGUCAAAGGAAAGAAAUCUGAAGCCUUUUUGGGUAGAAAAGGAAAAUCCCUGUCGAAGGGUGAACAUGGUGUGGGAACCCCAAUUGCAGAAGUGGGUCAAAAGAAAAACUCAAAGAAAUCAGGCAGAGAGCUGUGUAAUAAGAAGACAGCAGGAAAAGACAACUCUUAUAUGAGUAAAGACCAGCAUGGUUCAUCAUCUGAGAGUGAAGAUGAAGCACUGGGUAAAUAUCAUGAGGCCUUGUCUAGAACCCAGAGUUCCAGGCUGCCAGUGGUGGAUGGCAGACAGCAAAAAAACUAUGUAUGGGAAACCAGACAAAAAUAUAGUCCCCUGUCCGCAGAAUAUGAUGGAUACAGUAGUGAAGCCUCAAUAGAUGAAGCAAACUGCAUUCAGAGGAUGAGAAGAACACCUCCCCUGGAUGAGCUGCAGCCGCCUCCGUACCAGGAUGAUAGUGGUUCUCCUCAUCUUUCCUGUACGCCUUCGGAAGUCGGAGACAGUAAAUGUGAAUUCUCCCAGUGUAGCAACAGUCCAAGAUGUUCAUAUAAGUGCCCAAGCGAGGGAAGCACGGGACACGAAAUAGAAAGCUUUCAUAACAAAGGAUACGAAGAGGAUGUACCAAGUGAUAGCACGGCUGUCCUUAGUCCAGAGGAUAUGUCAGCUCGAGGAUCGUCUUCACAGCUUCCUAAACCUUUUGAUCCUGAGCCAGUAGCUAAAUACGGCACACUGGAUGUGACUUUUGACUAUGACUCACAGGAACAGAAGCUUUUGGUGACAGUGACAGCUGUCACAGACAUUCCCACUUACAGCAGGACAGGUGGAAGCUCGUGGCAAGUACACCUAGUUCUUCUCCCUAUAAAGAAGCAGAGAGCGAAAACCAGCAUCCAGCGGGGACCGUGCCCUGUCUUCACAGAGACAUUCAAAUUCAAUCACGUGGAGUCAGAGAUGAUUGGGAAUUACGCGGUUCGCUUCAGACUCUACAGCGUACGGCGCAUGAAAAAGGAGAGGGUUGUGGGAGAGAAGGUUUUUUACUUAACCAAAUUGAAUCUUCAAGGGAAGAUGUCAGUGCCAGUGAUACUGGAACCUUCUUACAGUCUGUCUGGCUGUGACUCUCAAAUGAGCAUGUCAGAAGUGUCCUGCAGCGAAAGUACCUCCUCUUGUCAGUCUCUGGUACAUGGCUCAGCUCCAGAAAUCCUCCUUGGCCUCCUUUAUAACGCUACAACUGGAAGAUUAUCAGCAGAAGUGAUAAAAGGCAGCCACUUCAAAAACUUGGCAGCGAACAGACCACCCAACACGUAUGUUAAGUUAACGCUGCUGAACUCGAUGGGGCAAGAGAUGUCCAAAUGCAAAACGUCAAUCCGCCGAGGGCAGCCAAAUCCAGUGUACAAAGAGACCUUCGUUUUCCAAGUGGCGCUGUUUCAGCUUUCCGAUGUGACGCUCAUACUGUCUGUAUAUAAUAAGCGCAGCAUGAAACGAAAAGAGAUGAUAGGGUGGAUUUCCUUAGGUCUCAACAGCUCAGGAGAAGAUGAACUCAAUCACUGGACUGAAAUGAAAGAAUCUAAAGGACAGCAAGUAUGUAGAUGGCAUACUCUGCUAGAAUCGUAACGGAUGGUACAAAGUGCAGUCGUGGUUCGACGAGAUUUGGGUCUCCGGCAGACGAUCAUCCCUGGUAACAAUCAACAGACGCGUUGUGGAAGUCAGAAAUGAAAACUGAGGUCAACAUUCCAUCAUAAAGAAUGCACAACAUGCAAACUGGGCGGAUUUAAUAGAUAAUCUUCACUUAGAGUCCUACGUACGCUUCCUCGGUGACAGAGAAGCCUGGCUGUACACAGAUCCGUUAGUGGUCCCUCUCCCAUCUACCUGAUGCUGUAUUUGUUUGGGUUUGUUUUGUGGUUUUGGAUUCAGAAACAUUUUAUGUAAGGUUCUCCAAAUCAGUGUAAGCUCCUCCUUGUGUAAUUUUUGUAUUGCUCUAACACUGUAGCUUCUGACCUGCCUGUGUUCAGAUUAAAGGUCAAUAAUUUGCACUUUGAGAAAAACUGAAUGAUCUGUACAGCAAGAUUAAAACCCACCGGUGGAGAACACUUGGUAAUGCAGCAGAUAAUUCGAUGCUGUUGGUUUACCCCGAGUUUCUUUCCAGGAGCUGAGUACAAAUAAGUUCUCAUUUUUCGAUAUGCGGUUGGCUUGAAAAAUCUUAGCAUUUGGGUGACAGGUGAACUUUGGCAUCAAGCUAAUGUUUCUUCAAUCUGUGACAGGAACGAGCUCUAUAUAUGGCAUAAAUUGGGUUUUCCCCUUUUGCCUGUACUUCUGCCUAAUCCAAAGAGACCAGAUCAUUAGUUUGGUCCCUUCCAAAUCUCCUUAGACAGGUUGUACUGUAAAACUAUGUAACUUUCUGUUGAAAGCACUUCCUGUAUUCGUGUAUUCCAAUGUAGGAAGCUCAUAGAGCGCGACUUUACUAAAAUAUUUUUCCAU